AUGGUAUUCUUUCAGAGUUCUUGGCAUCCCUACAUACUGUAUCUAACGGUAACGGAUUUAUUGGCAACAAAUAUUUGAACUUAGCGAAUAGCUAUUUUAUGGCUGUUCGCUGAAUGGAUGUUUUGAACCUGUAAUAAAAUAAAUACAUAAUAAUAACAUUGAAUACUCGGACAUAGAAAAGAUGAGUGUUAUAAUUCGUUUGCAAAAUUUGCCGUGGUCGGCAAAUGCAUUGGAUAUACGGCAAUUUUUCAAAGGUCUUUCAAUACCGGAUGGAGGCGUUCACAUUGUCGGUGGUGAAAUGGGCGAUGCUUUUAUCGCAUUCAGCACCGACGAGGAUGCCCGCCAAGCAAUGAUGCAUGAUCGUAAAAAAAUCAAUGAGGUUCAAGUACGUUUAUUGCUUUCCUCACGCGCUGAAAUGCAAAAAGUUAUAGAAACUGCACGUCAGCAGUCGCUGCUAGCCCUCAAGAAUGCCGCUGCAUUGUCAAGCAUCAAAGCCACCGUGUCAUCACCGGUUUUGCCCACACCACAACCACCAGUUAUUACCCACAAUAGUUUACAUAAUAUACUUUCCAGUGCUGCACCAUCAUUUUUGGCAUACCAGAAACAAGCUGGUAUCACUUUGAUAGAAAAUCCCCAUGAAAACAGCCCCACUGAAAUAAAAGAUACAUAUCGUAGUAGCGUUGAAAAAAGUCGCGAUCGUCGUCGCUCCGCAUCGCGUGAUCGCCGUCGAUCACGUUCACGUGACCGCAGCGAUCGAAAUGAUCGUGGCAGUUCACGUCGAGGUCGGCGUGAUAGAAGUCACUCCCGAUCGCGAGAUCGCGAUUGGAAGAGUCGACGCUCUAGCCGACGUUCACGCAGUCGAGAGCGUAGUCAUGAUCGGAAUCGGGAACGUAGCACCGAUCGUAAUCGAAAUUCGAGUCGUAGCACUGCAAAUAAUAAAGAGCGUGACAAUGGCCAUCAGUCCAGUAAGUCUAUAAGAGACAUAGCGAGUAAUAAAAUUGGCAACAAAUUACCGGAUACAAAUGAAAGUGUCAGCGCUAAAGUGGGCAGCAUUCCCUCUUGGGGAAUACCUGCCAUGAAUUCGUACCAAACAAAAAGUACAGAAAAUAAUGCAACAGCUCUAAGCAACUCUGCCACAUUUGGUGUAGCAGCCACUGGUAUGAAUAGUAUGUUAAAUCCCUUUAGUAUGGGCGGUGCAAUUCCAGGCAUACGUAGCGCUCAGAUAGCGAACUCCUACACCAGCACCGCUGUCAAUAAAAGCCCAGAUUCUCAAGCUAACCUGAGCUCCGUAAAUAUACCAGCCGCCAGCAUGGUACCAGCAUUCCAAAGCUAUUCUUCUUCGGUCUCUACCACUAACAACUACAGCAUCAAUUUGUUCAACUCGAAUUCGAACAGUAGCGACUCUGCCAAACCUUUUGCUCUGCAAAACCCCUACACAGCAGCAGUUCAACAAGCAACAAUGAAUACCAACUCGGUAGACUCGACUAGUUCCGCAUCCGGCAGUCCCACGCAACAGAGCAGCAACACAAUGUUCCCUGGUCUCAGCUUAAUGGACAAGAAACCGGAUCUUAAAUUGCCACAAGCAGAUUCAACCAUUUCCACAGCUACAUUGCCGCCCGGCGGUCAGUUACCGCAAGAGCCAAUCGCUUUCGCCAAUACAAACCCAUAUGCACAGAUGUAUCCCAAUCUGUUUGCACAAGCCGCUGCUGCCAGUGUUGGCAAACUGAGUAGCAUUCAACAGAAAACACGCGAACCAGAAAUGCAGCGGUCAAAAGAGACAUCGAAGGAGAGUUGCUGCCUCAAGAUUAGCAACAUGUGCAGCAGUACGACCUACAGCGACAUACGUAAAUUCUUCAUGGGUCUCUUUAUACCGCACAACGGCAUCAAAAUGGUGAACGACAAACAUGGCAUACGCACCGGCGUAGCUUAUAUACAAUUCUCCCGAGUCUCCAGCGUACACAAGGCCAUGAUGCGCAACCAUACGCUGCUGAAGUCGAAGCCAGUUAAAAUGGAGAUCGUGAGCGAUGAUGAAUUCGAGCAAGCCGAGGACAGUUUCCGCCCUCAAGGACGAUUCGAGCGUAGUGAUCGCAGUGAGCGUAACUAUCAAGAUAGUCGUAGUGACUACGAUCGUCACGACGAUGAUGGUGAUGGUGGAGAAUCGAACUACCGCGGUGAUCGUGGGGGAGCUUUUGACAAUGAAUUGAAAGAUGAACCAUACACCGUACUCUGCAUUGAAGAUAUACCCAAUGCGGGAGCUGAGCACGAUAUUAUGCGUAUGUUCUCAUCGUAUGCUAUUUACGAUAUACUCCUAACACCGAGUCGCGAAAAUAGGCGGGAAUUCAAAGGGCAUGUGCUAUUCUCACGCGCUGAAGAAGCUAAAGCGGCAUACGAGGAUAGAUCUAGACAUAUGAUUGGCUAUCGGAAAGUUCGUGUGCGUCCAUGUACGGUAGAGGAAAUGGAGAGAGAAAAAGAGAAAGUACGUUUGGCGAAUGAGCAAUUGAUGAAAGAAGAGGAAGCCUUGGCUGAGGCGGAAGCAGAGGCAGAGGCAGAGGCGGAGCGGCUUAAAGAAGAGGAAAAUCAAGGAGGAGAGGAUGAUAUGGAUGUAGCGGAUGAUGCGAGUAGCGUAAAUGGCGGCGAAGGGCCGAAAAACGACGAGCAAGGUGAGCCGAACAUGUUGUCAGACCCCAGGAAUCCCAAGAUACCAAGUCUUUUCGAACUACCUGUAAGCAAUAAUGAUAACAGUGUGUCAAGGCGCGAUACCGGAGUUAGUAGUGCACCAAGCGAUCCACGUCUGCGCCGACAAAAACCCAGUCGUUUCGAACCCUUAAAUCCGGCGGAUCAAAUCAGUCGAAAUUUGAAUGUUAACAGCAUGGAUAUGGGUAUGAACAGCAAUAUCGGCGGCAACAUGGGUAUGAGCAGCAACAUGGGCAUGGGCGGCAACAUGGGUAUGAGCAGCAACAUGGGCAUGAGCGGCAGCAUGGGAAUGAACCCCAACAUGGGCAUGAGCGGCAGCAUGGGAAUGAACCCCAGUAUGGGUAUGGGCGGCAACAUGGGAAUGAAUCCCAAUGUGGGUAUGGGCGACAACAUGGGUAUGAAUUCUAAUGAGGGUAUGAACAUGAAUAGUGGUGAUAAUUUCAUGCCGUCGCUAAUGAACAAGAACAACAAUAACGACAGCAGCAACGGCAGCACCAACAUGACUUUCAACGACAACCCAAUGCACAACAAUUUUAUACUCAUGAAAAACUGUGACUACAAUACGCGCAUGAAUGAUAUCGCUGAGUUAUUACAGAGGGAAUUUUUACGUCUGAAACAUAUUGAGCUCCUGCGUGGUGAUCGCAAUAUGCCGACUGGUGAAUUCAUUGUCGAAUUUCAAAAUGAACGUGAUGCCGAGAUAGCCAUACGCCAAUUUAAUAACUCGACGUUCCGGCAACGCAAACUACGCAUACGUUCGAUUAAACCGCAAGAGAUCGCUGACCGCAUUGGCAAACCUUUCAUGAACUUUUAUCCCGGCGGUGGCGGCGGCGGUUCAGGCGGACGUCCAUUCGAAAGAAACCCAUUUUCAGGCAAUAGCAACAGCAUGUCGCCGCUUAACGAUGGACCGUCAUCGUCGACGAUGCCUUUUAGCAGCAGCGCUGGCGGACGCUAUGGCGAUAAAAACAUGAACAACGACAGCAACAGCAGCAACAACAACAAUAGCCGUGGAGGUGGUCCAAUGAUGAAUCGCGGUGGCCGCGGUAACAUUGGCAGUAGUGGUGGUGGUGGUGGUGGUGGCGCGGGUAGUGGUCGCAAUGAUCAUAUGGACAGUGGUGGUAUGCGGCAUCGAGGUGGUCGCCACAAUAAUAGUGCAUCCAGCCGUGAUAGUCAUAAUUCCGAUCAGGAGGAGGAUAUUCAAACCAUCGAUGACAGCAGCAAUGAUGUUACCAGCGCUGACAAUGGCCCUAGCGGUAAUAAUGGUGAUGAUAAUGGCGGCAUACCUGAAAAAUUUGCGCGUCCCGGCUGUGUUGUUGCCAUGGAGAAUGUACCUUACAAGGCUGAGCUUAAUGACAUAUUGAAAUUUUUCGCUGGUUUCGAUCUUACACCCGAUGACAUUAUAAGGCGAUUCAAUGAUGAUGGUACAGCGACGGGUGAUGCACGUGUGGCAUUUGCAACACCAUCAAUGGCACGUACAGCAUACAAUUCACGACGAAGAAAACAGAUUUUUAAUCGGACCAUACGUUUGUCGUUGCUUUAGGAUAGUGUGUAGAAAGAAGAGGGUAGUUUUGGUUGUAUAUAGCGGGUGGGAUCUACAUAUACAUAUGUACAUAUUUUAAGGUAUUUAAAACAUUCAUACAUAUACGUAUGUAUUAACUUAUAUGUUUAGAAUUUAGUUGAAGGGCGU